CCUUAAAACACAUAGUAUAUAUGUAUAUGCAUACAUAUAAUUAAAGUUACACCGCCACUACUUAAUAUUGCGCUUGUGAAAACACAAGAAUAAUUCGAAAUAGUUUUGAGAAGAAUUGAAAUUAAUUAAUGGGUUCAUUAAUGGCAGGUUGGGAUUCACGAGUUCGAGACCCUAAAUCCAUAAAUCUAAAGAGGAACAUGUCGAUGACCAACGAAGAAAUCGCAAAUUAUUGGAGAUCAAAGAAGAACGACGAACAAGUACAUGCAGGUGUUCUUACAUCUUGUCAGACGUUUUCGAAGGAAGAUUAUAAGAAAAAGGAGAUGGAAAAUAUAUAUAGUAGAUCAAAUUCCCUUCCGAUCACAAAAGAAUAUUCCGUUGUAGAAACUUCAGAAGAAGAGGAAGAAGAAGACGAGGAAAAACUUUUCAAGAGCCAUGGCUGGUGGAUGAAUAGCAGAUGGGCGUUUUUGAAUGAACCACCUGUUAUUGCAUCGGAAACACCUGUGGUCAGAUAUGCUUCACAAUUCCAUGUUGCUCAAAAACACAUCAACGCCUCCGACUCCGACCACCAUGCUGCCACCAACGGCAUUAGAACUUGAGUUUAACUUUUUUUUUUAAUGAAAAACAUAUAUAAUGUCAUAUGUAUGAUGCGUGAAAAGUUGGUGUCGUUUUGGUUUAUGAGUUCAUAAGUUAUAAUUUUUAAAUAUAACAACUAUAUGUCGUGGUUGAUAAUUAAAAAUGUUCAAUGUAUUGUAGUAACUGUAACAGAUUGUCGGAUGCUUUUGUAUUAAUAUAUGUCUUUAUAUGUAAAGUUAAUUUAUACGAAU